GCGGGAUUUCGAGCUCUUCUCUCGCGAGAUCUUCGCAGUAUUGGAGCCGGCUGUGGUCAGCACUGAGGGGGCUGUGGGGUUGUCGUGUCGCAGUUUUGCCGCAAAUCUGGGUCUGUUCGUGACUAGGUAGGUAUUUACUUUUUGGAGUUGCCACGUGGAAUUGGUUGUUAACCGCUUUACGAGGCUUGGCUGCCUUCCUUACUCAGAGGAGAAGGAAGAUUUGUAUGGAGCUGAAUGGACAAAUGACUUAAGUCCCACAAUUCAUUCUCUUAAAAUCAGAGCAUACAGAAAAAUGGAGUAUAUGGCAGAAUCCACCGACCGCACCCCUGGACACAUCUUAUGCUGUGAGUGUGGUGUCCCGAUUAGUCCAAAUCCUGCCAAUAUUUGCGUGGCCUGUUUACGAAGUAAAGUUGACAUCAGCCAAGGCAUUCCGAAACAGGUCUCUGUAUCUUUCUGCAAGCAAUGUCAAAGGUAUUUCCAGCCACCUGGAACUUGGAUACAGUGUGCAUUAGAAUCCAGGGAACUUCUUGCAUUGUGUUUGAAAAAAAUCAAAGCCCCCCUGAGUAAGGUUCGGCUUGUAGAUGCAGGUUUUGUUUGGACUGAGCCCCAUUCUAAGAGACUUAAAGUUAAACUGACUAUUCAGAAAGAGGUGAUGAAUGGUGCUAUCCUUCAGCAAGUGUUUGUGGUAGAUUAUGUUGUUCAGCCUCAGAUGUGUGGAGAUUGCCACAGAGUGGAAGCUAAGGAUUUCUGGAAGGCUGUGGUUCAAGUGCGGCAAAAGACUUUGCACAAAAAAACUUUCUACUAUCUGGAACAGUUGAUUUUGAAAUAUGGAAUGCAUCAGAAUACACUUCGUAUCAAAGAGAUUCAUGAUGGUCUGGAUUUCUACUAUUCCUCAAAACAGCAUGCUCAGAAAAUGGUAGAAUUUCUUCAGUGUACAGUUCCCUGUAGAAACAAAGCCUCACAGAGAUUGAUCUCUCAGGAUAUCCAUAGUAACACAUACAAUUACAAAAGCACUUUUUCUGUGGAAAUUGUUCCAAUAUGCAAGGAUAAUGUUGUUUGUCUGUCUCCAAAACUGGCACAAAGCCUGGGAAAUAUGAACCAGAUUUGUGUGUGUAUUCGAGUAACCAGUGCCAUCCAUCUCAUAGAUCCAAAUACCCUGCAAGUUGCAGAUAUUGAUGGAAGCACUUUCUGGAGUCACCCUUUCAAUAGUUUAUGCCAUCCCAAACAGCUAGAGGAGUUUAUUGUGAUGGAAUGCAGCAUAGUCCGAGAUCUAAAACGCAGUGCAGGUGCUGGAAUGAUAUCAAAAAAGCAUACCCUCGGGGAAGUCUGGGUACAGAAAACUUCUGAAAUGAAUACAGAUAAACAGUAUUUUUGUCGCACUCAUUUGGGACAUCUUCUAAAUCCUGGAGACCUGGUAUUGGGGUUUGAUUUGGCCAACUGUAACUUAAAUGAUGAGCAUGUCAACAAAAUGAACUCAGAUAGAGUCCCAGAUGUGGUAUUAAUCAAGAAGAAUUAUGACCGUACCAAACGUCAGCGUCGCAGAAACUGGAAACUGAAAGAACUUGCAAGAGAUAGAGAAAACAUGGAUACAGAUGAUGAAAGGCAAUACCAAGAUUUCCUUGAAGAUCUUGAAGAAGAUGAGGCAAUUAGAAAAAAUGUAAACAUUUAUAGAGAUUCAACCAUUCCUGUGGAAAGUGACACAGAUGAUGAAGGAGCCCCUCGAAUUAGUCUGGCUGAGAUGCUUGAAGACCUCCACAUUUCCCAAGAUGCUACUGGUGAAGAAGGUGAAUCGAUGAUGACACAAUGAGAUUGUGCUGUAGAUGAUUUUCAUAUCUCUGCGCUCAGGAUGUUGGACGAAAUAACUCUUAUUGUCUAUUCAGUCUAUGCUUCCAUAUUAAAGAAAGGAGAAAUUUAGUUUUAAAACUUGAAUACAACAGGACUAUUUUGAUUGCUCGUUCAAAACACUGAAAGAGAUAGCUUCGAAGUUUUUGGAUAAAAGAUUAUGGAGAAUGUAAUUAUUAAUGAUAUUCAGGCCAUUUUAUGUGCGGAAUUUUUUAAGUUUGCCUUUUUUAGGAGACCCUAGUAUUUUCGCAUACUCUAGCGCCGGAUUUGAAAUCUCAAAAGUUGUGAUGUCUUGGAGGUUACCUUCAUCUUCAAGUAUAAAACAAGUUUUUACAUUCAUUUUGCUUUGAUUGCUUUAGUAAAAGAGCAUAUGAAGAAUCAUUAAUAUGAACUUGUUAUGCACUUUGAUCCACUUUAGGUCAUUUUUAUGUUGGGGUAGGUAAGUCGGGGUUCAGUUUAUUACCGGACAUUGGGGGGAAGUUAAUCUAUUUUAUUCAUAAUAUUAACAUCUUCAAAAGCUUUUAAUUUGGGGUUAUUUUAAUUUUUAUUGCAGAAGAAAAUAUAUUUAAAGUAUUUGUGGAUUUGUAAUAAACAUAGACUAUUUAAAGGUUAAAAAACAAUUUGUUCUUUUGUGAUUUUUGCUCAUGCCAGUGGCUUAGAGCAGUAGCUUGCUUGUGUCAUAAGAAUGUCUUCCUAUCACUUAAAGCAUUUUUGCUUUUGAAAUUUUGGUUUACAAAUUGAGAAGGAAUUUUCUUUAUAUAAGUUUCUGUCAUUGAAUAUAUUACCAUCAAAAAGAAUAUUAGGACCCAGAAUAUAGAUGAUGAAAUGAUAAAAAUGAUCUUUUUGCUUUAUAAAACCAUGAAUCAGGCUUGAAAAAUGAAUGCCUUCCACAUCCUUGAAUGAAAAGCAUUUACUUGAGUUUUAAAGUGUUUGAGAAUGAAGUUUUAAGAUCCUAUUUCUAUAAGCAAGAUCAGACUUAAUAAGUGUGCCAGAACUAAAAGCUAAUUCAUAAACUCUAGGUAUACCACUACAUAAGGAAAUUGAGUUCACGUGCUGAAUGGAGCAUUUUCCUUUUUUUAAGAUUAGACUUCCCAAUUCUGAAGUUAUGGAUAAAGUCCUGAACUUAUAUAGUGGCUCCUGUUCUGUCUGCCUAUUUAGUUAAAAUUUUCACUUGUGGUUUUUGUUUACCUCUUCUGUGUCAGGAUUUUAAAAAGCAUGAAAAUAAAAACAUUCUCCCCUUU